AUGCAAGACCUCUUCAGCAACGAAGCGGCAAAGCGUGCCAUCAAGCCACAGACGCUGGCAGAGAAGCAAAGUAUUGAGGACGUCGCGCACAAGAGGGAGCUCAACAACGAGGCCCUGCGCGUGUACCGCCUGCUUCGCCCCGAGGCCCCUCGCUUCUUUGAAGAAGACGCGAUGCUUGGGAUGAAGGCCCGGAUGAGCCAGAUCACCCAGGAAGACAGCAACGCUGAUCGUGGGUCCGCGAUUGCCCGGGCGCAGAAGCUGGGCGAUCCCUUCAAAGCGCACCUGCCGGUGGUGAAUCAGAAGGCCUUCCUCCUGGCUCUCGAGUCAGUGGUGGCCUCCUUGGCAGAGGACCUAGAGACGCUCUGCCGCCUGGUGGGCAUGGACCCCAAGGAUUUUCCAACAGUGGAGGACCCCCUCCGCUUUUACAAGCUUCUCAACAUCCUUUUCGAUGCCUUCCCGCUGGAGAAGGAUCCUCGAAAGGUGCCGGAGUUCAUGCAGACCCACUGGCUCCGGCUCAAGGCGCUCCUCCCGGAGGAGCUCUUCGAGCUCGAUGAGACGGAGGUGGAGAAGUGGCUGACCGGCCACUUGGAGCGCGUGCUCCUGAACCAGAAGCGCUACGAGCAGGCAGAUCAAAGGAUCCUCCUGCACAACAAGCGCAGCGAAGAGAGGUGGUACAACUUUGCGGAGGACUUUCCCUACGACGACGACCCCAUGCCCGACAUGCUGGCAGACGAGCGGAACUUAUUCUUUCCCCUCGAGAAGGCCCAGGAAUACAUGCAGCUCUUCCUGAACGCGUUCGGUGCCUCGAAGUGUGCGGCGGUGCAGCGGGGUGACCCCGAGCUGGGACCUGCAGCAGCUUCGCUGGAUUCAGCGGCCGUGUCGAAUCAAUUCCAGGACUUGGUCUGGGAUCUUGAGGAUGUCGGCCUUCGCAACUGGCUGAAGAUGGACAUCCAGGAGCUGGAGCGGAACAUGCCCAAAGGUGAGGUGGCCCAGCUGGUCCACUCGAACACGGCGAACGGCGAUGACACGACGUCGAAGCUGUACUUCAGCGACGACGAUGUUCAGGUGGCGAAGUUGAUGCUUCAGUGCGCUGCACGGGGCAAGGCCGAUCUCCUCGACUUUGAGGCCGUUGACCCCUACAAGCUUCUGCAUGGCAUGCCGGCAACAGAAGUGGCGGAGGAGCUGGCGACCUUGCCUCCGAACCCGCAUCUGGACGACGACGCGCUCCACACCCUGGUCGAUGAGCACCAGGUCCGGCUGGCGAGGACGCAGGAGAAAGCGAGGCCAAGCCAGGAUGUCUGGCAGAUGCCCGGAGGCAUCGAAAGCGCAACCGUCGAGGAUCUCUACCGGAAGGAGUUGGAGUUCUAUCGGACGGCUGGGCCUGUGGAGUGGCAGCACUCCAAGGAGGGAUGGCAGUGGCAGUGGCGUCAGCCUCCGAACACCUUCUGGGACGAGAGGCGGAAGGUCUACAUCCAGGAGCAGAAGGGCAUCGACCCAAACCUAGAGCUUCGGGAGAUGCGCCAGCACAUGCUGGACGUUCGCCGCAUGCGAAGUAUGUGCGCAGUCGGGCGCGUCAUCUACUUCCGCGCCCUCGUCGUGGUCGGCAACGGCAAGGGCGUCUACGGCUUCGGCAUCGGCUUCGGCAACACUCCCAAGGAGAGCCGCACCGACGCCAUGCUGAAGGCGAUGCAGAAUUUGGACUACAUCGAUUUCGACCCUGGCCGCAUGCUGACCACGCCUUGCAAAGGCACGGAGUACAAGCACGAAAUGACGAUUAUCCCACGGCCCAUUGGUCGCGGGUUAAAGUGCAACAAGAAGUUCCUGCCUUUGCUAUACAUCCUCGGCUUCAACAACAUGAAGGUCAAGUUCAUGCACCAAGAGUGGUUCACGCGGGUCAAGGCCAUCAAGCGUUGUCUUGACAAGGUCAUGUCACGCAGGACGCUGGCCAACAUGACGGGGAAGAGGUAUGCACUGCUAGUUGCUCCUGGCGAUCACUGGGUGCACUGGCCAGAUCGAUGGUUCGAUGUCAUCAGGCAGCCCUACGACGCGAAAGAGAAGUACAGGAAGCUACUCCGCAAACACGCCCUGCACUUCAAGAAGCGAGGAGUCAAGAUCGCCACGCCGUUGGAUCUGUACUCAGGCUGGUACAAGCGAAGCUGGGCAAGGUGGAACAGCCCACUGGACCGCUGGUUGCAACAUCGCCGCGAGAACUACGACCCUGAGGUGAGUUUUGGCGGCGCGACGGUCCCCUCGGCUGAAGCCAAGCCAUCGAAGGGGAUGUCGCCGCCAAGAUCACGAAGCGCAAGAUAG